GGAAUCCACGUGUUUGCGAUUAACCCUCAUUGGGAUUCCCUUCUGGAAUCGCAAAUCGCAUCACCCACCCUCAGCUUUUCCUUUCAUACUACACUCAAAUCACACGCUUCAGACUUUUUUUUUUUUUUUUGGUUACGUGAUUUGCUUAUGUUACCUGCUAAGUGACACUCGUGGGCUUAUCCAAGAGGCCCAUAACAGUGUAUAUCCCAAGCAAAAAACAAAAAAAAACAGAAAUAUUUAGUGGUGGUUAUGAUUCGUAUGUGGCGUGGGUCGCGUGACGGCUGAAUUGAAGAUGACGGUUGGGGCAAUUGCUUCCACCAAAAAGCAAAGUUUGAACUCUCAAAUUUUCACCUCAUAACCUUCUCCCAGGUUCGUCUCUCAUAUCUUUUCUCUAUCAAUUAAACCUGUACCCGUAAUUUAGGUUAAUGGAACUGCAAUUAGUGGGUCAAGGUUUUGAUUAUGUCCGUAAAAGAAAGAAGUGGGUGUUAAUUUCAUGUGCGGUUGGGUUCGGCGGGUACAGCGCUUACAAGCUCUAUCACGCGCCGUCGAUAGCUCGUAAGAGAAAGAGGCUUUCGAAGCUUCUGGUUGCGUUGGUUUCCGUAGCGGAAGCCGUAUCCGAAUCCGCGGAUACCAUUGGAAUCGUCUCCAGAGACGUGAAGGAUUUUCUGCAAUCCGAUUCGGAUGAAAUCCCCAAUAGCUUGAAGCAAAUUUCCAAGAUAGCUCGCUCUCAACAGCUGUCAGAGUCUUUGGUUAGCGUCACCCGUGCUGUCACCGUCGGAGUCUUGCGCGGUUACCAAUCCAUGAACCGAACCGGUGCUGACCAAACCGGUUCAACCGUCGUUGACCGGGUGCUUGACAAAAUGCUAACACCCGCUGGGUCGGGUUUUGCUUCUGUAGUUCUUGGAAGCUUUGCUAGGAACCUCGUUCUUGCGUUUUAUUCUGAUCAGAAUGACCACUUAGGUGGGGAAUCGAACUCGAGCAAUGGGAAUAGUGCUGUUGCACAUGUUGGCUCCAAUUCGGAUUCUGUCGUUGCAUGGGUGGAUGUAGUUUGUGGUAAUCGGUGUGGGGAAUUAAUUGGGAAUUGUGUGCAAUUGUUUGUGAGCACCGCGGUUGCGGUUUAUCUUGAUAAGACCAUGCAUAUCAACACCUAUGAUGAUUUCUUUGCUGGGUUAACUAACCCCAAGCAUGAGACUAAUGUGAGAGAUAUGCUGGUAUCUGUUUGUAAUGGUGCUGUGGAGACGCUUGUCAAGACUUCUCACCAAGUGUUAACAAGUUCAAAUGAUGCUGAUGUUGGUUCGGGUUUAGCUUCGUGUUUGGUUGCUGAAGAAACUCUCAGAGAUGAGGACUUGGGUGUUGGAAUGUCGAUUGAAUCCAAGGUGGAUGUUUCUGAUGAAGAAAAUAUGAAUGGCUGGGUGAGCAAGGUUUCGUCCACGUUGGCGAUUCCAAGCAAUAGGAGGCUUUUCCUUGAUGUGACCGGCAGGGUGACUUUUGAGACUGUUAGGUCGUUCAUGGAGUUUGUUUUGCAGACACUUUGUGCUUCUGUGAGAAGAUGUGCUCAUAUUGUUCACGAAGCUGUUCUUGAGAUUGUGAGAUAUGUUGCAGCCAAAUCGUCUGUUAUUGUCACAAUAUGUCUCUCGUUGUGCCUCCACAUAAUGGGUGGAGCCUGGGCAUUGGUGCCUGCUUAAGCGGUAGUUGGGACUACUUUCAUUCACCAUAUAUAGAUGCUAUUGCUUAGUUAUUUGAACUAUAGAAGAAUUUUCUGGCGCCGCAGCUGUUUUAUAACAUCUUUAUAUCAUACAUCGAUUAUUUUGUAAAUGAUGUUGAAAAUAUGAAAUAUUAAAGAAUGUAUAGUGACCAUAGAAGUCAUGUAUUCUCUCUUACAUAGUUAAAAUGUAAACUCAUUGAGACAAACCACCACCUCCCAGAACUCCCUCAUAGCCCAGCAUUAUUGUUUUGGGUGUUAUCAUGCAUGAUUAAACCUAUUCUUCAAUCGGAAUCUGUUGUAAAUACAUCAUUCUGUUUAUGAUGUUGAUUUGAUAUUUUCUA